AUGUUCGCCGUAUCUAUAUUCGCCUUAGCCGGCUUAGCCAACAGUAUAAUCUAUGGAUUCACUCGUCACGUGGUGGCAAUGAAACCUCUGUUCGAACGUGAAUACAACGAAAAAACUGUAAACGACCUCGCCAACACACCAGCAACAAUACUUGGAGAUACACAAGAUAUGUUAUUCAUUCAGGUGUCUGCUAGCACGAAUGAAGGCGAGAAACCUGAUCGGCAGGGUCGAGGUGGUGGAAUAGCACUGAGAAAUGAUACUGGCGAGAUCAAUAAUUUAUCGUCGGAUUCACUUUCGUCUGUUGAUUCGAAUGAUGGAGAUCGUCCGAUGGAAUUUGUUGCGUUGUAA